AUGAAGCUCCGGCUGCUGCUGCUGUGUGUGCUGCUCGCCCUGCUCUUCGUCUCCUGUGAGAUGAAGAAGGAAAAGCACAAACAUCGUCACGGCCCUGGUCAUCGCCACAGUGGUGCACAUCACGGCAGAGGGCGGUUCGAUGCGAUCGUCGCUGAUGAAUUUUUCCAGAUACUUAUAGGAGGCGGUGAUGAUGAAGAUGAUGAAGACAGCAGCAGUGACUGGCUUUAUGAUCUCCAGGAACCAGAAGGUCUCUGCAACCCCAACCCGUGCCGCAAUAAUGGAGUUUGUAAAGAAAAGGAAAAAGGCAAAAGGAAGUUUAAAUGUGACUGUCCCAAACCAUUUAAGGGCAAGAAAUGUGAACAAGGUCCCAGACGCUGUAUAAAAGGCAGAUGUGGUCGUGGAGAAUGCGUGGUGACCUCCAGACCUCCGUACUACGAGUGCAAAUGCAAAAAGCCGUUCUUGCCUCCAAACUGUGUACAGUAUUCUAUUUGUGACCCAAAUCCUUGCCAGAAUGGGGGGACAUGUGUGAGGGAUGGCAAUGACUUCAACUGUGCCUGUUCCAAAGGGUUCAGUGGACGCUAUUGCAAAGUCGGUCCAAAUGACUGCUACACGGGGGACGGUGAGUCGUACAGGGGUAAUGUGAGUGAGACGGACAAUGGGAAGGACUGCCUCUUCUGGAACUCCCACUUCCUCCUGGACUCUGGCACCGACCCCUUCGACACCGAUGAGAACGAGGACGGACUGGGACCCCACAACUUCUGCAGAAAUCCUGAUGGAUCUCAAAUGCCCUGGUGCUUCUUCAGAAGAGGCCGCAGACUCUUGUGGGACUAUUGUGACGUCCGACGCUGUGAUGAUCCAACGGAUGAACCAGCUACAGUUGAACCUACAGACCAGCCGGCUCCAACCAAACCGGCUCCUCCUACCCCUGACCCAACACAGCCCCCCUCUCCCACCAACCCUGCCCCUACCAUUGGCCAGAGUACCACAUCUUCUAUUAUGCUGCCUUCCAUUGCCCCCACAGCAGACCAGACCACUGCUUACACCGCUAUGCCCCCCUCCAUCACCCCCAGCACAGACAACACCACGGACGCACAGUUCAAGACAUGCGGACAGCCACAGCCCAAGAAACCCAUCACUCGUAUUUUCGGGGGUCUCAAAGUAACCCCUGGUGCUAUUCCGUGGCAAGCGUCAAUACAAGUGAGACCUCAGAACUCCAACCUGCCCUUCAGACACACCUGUGGAGGAGUGCUGAUCGAGAGCUGCUGGGUGCUCACCGCUGGACACUGCAUUCAAACGAAUAGGGACAUGCAGGUGGUUUUGGGAAGCCAGGACCUCUCAUCAGAAGAACCCACUGAGCAGGAACUAACUGUGGUGGAGACGAUUCGACAUGAAAACUAUAAUGAAAAGUCAUAUGCUGUUUACAAUGACAUAGCUCUGCUGCGACUGCAAGGUCAAAAUGGUCAAUGCGCCAAGGAGUCCCAGUUUGUGAAGAAGGUCUGUCUCCCAGAUGCCGCUCUGCCUGAUGGGACAGAGUGCACUAUUUCUGGAUGGGGGGCCACUGAGAACUCUUCUUAUGGCUCCCAGCACCUGCUCGAGGCCAAAGUGCUGCUGAUUAACAAAGAAAGAUGCUCUCGUCCAGAAAUCUACGGCAAUACUUUGGACAUGGGCAUGCUGUGUGCGGGACACCUGCAGGGAGGCGUGGACUCCUGCCAGGGUGACUCGGGCGGGCCGCUGACUUGCGAACAGGACACCGCUCAUGUUGUUUAUGGGCUGGUGUCUUGGGGAGAUCAGUGCGGGAAGAAGAACAAACCUGGAGUCUACACCCGUGUUUCAAACUACCUGGACUGGAUCCGGUCUAAGGUCAUGGCUCCGGCUGCAUAA